CUUUCAUAAUUUAUAGCGGUUGUUAGAAAAGGCUUCAUCUUCAUUCUUCUUCUUCUUCUUCUUCUUCUUCCCCACAGAGACUCGGGAUGGAUAAAGAGCAAGAAGAUCUUCAAUUUCUUGGCUUCUUCGGCAUCUUCACUGAAUCCUUCAAGAUUGUUCUCUCAUGGAGGAAGAUCUUCAGCAAGAUUACCCUCACCCUAAUCUUGCCUCUUUCCAUCGUCUUCCUUGCUCACAUCCAGGUAACCGAGCUCCUCUUCUUCAAGAUCUUGAAAAACGAAGAUUCUCUCAACUCAAUCCCCAAAAGUUCCCCCAAAUACACCAACCUCUCCGAUGUCAUCACUUCCGAGUGGAUCUCUUUCUGGCUCUUCAAAGCUGCCUAUUUCACUUUCUUCCUCGUCCUCGCUCUCCUUUCCACCGCGGCCGUCGUUUACACCGUCGCCUGCGUUUACACUGUGCUGCAAUUUUCGGAUUCGGUGGGGUUGGGAUUCUCCUCUUUGCUGGGAUUUCAGUGUCAUAUGUUCUAGGGUUUGUGUAUAUAAGCGUAGUGUGGCAUUUGGCGAGUGUUGUAUCGGUUUUGGAGGAUGUCUAUGGGAUUCAGGCAAUGUUGAAGAGUAAGGAACUGGUCAAGGGGAAGAUGGUGCUUUCUUGUGGCGUUUUCUUGACUUUUACUGUGCUGUUUCUGGGGAGUCAGCUCGUUUUUCAGACUGCGGUUGUGCUUGGAAGUUCCAAGUACAAUGGGCUAAGAAUUGUUCUUGGAAUUCUGUGUUUCUUGUUGCUGUUCAAAGUGUUUCUCUUUGGUCUUGUUGCUCAAACAAUCAUUUACUUUGUUUGCAAAUCAUAUCAUCAUCAAAAUAUUGACAAGUCCUCAUUGUCUGAUCAUCUGGAAGUGUAUCUUGGGGAUUAUGUUCCAUUGAAGGAACAGGAUGUUCAAUUAGGGGAAUUAUAAACUUGUUUGGUUUAUCUGGAGAUGGAGAAUUUGAAUCCAAAUUUAUGUGGAAUGAAGUCUGUAUUAUCAUCCUUUGAUUGGGAUUUGAUUACAUGAAAUGAUGGAAGUGAUUGUAUAUAUAUAUUAUUUACUUAAAUGA